AUGGCCGAUAAGCACAUGCCACCACCCAUUCCUACAGGCGCAACAACGCCACGCCACAUGCCUGCUCGGACAAAGCCACGUCUUUUCGAGUUGGAAGAUGCACCUGUCUUUUACCCGACAUGGGAUGAGUUCCAAGACCCACUCAAAUACAUCGAAUGGACAGCACGCGCAGAUGGUGGCAAUGGUGCUGAGUAUGGAAUUGCUAAGAUUGUGCCCCCGUCUGGCUGGCAUAUGGACUUUUGCGUGGACGAAUCGACCUUCCGCUUCCGCACACGGGUACAACGACUGAAUGAACUCAGUGCAGAGGGGCGUGUCGCUCAGAACUACGUCGAACAGCUUGAGCAAUUUCAUGCCCAGCAGGGACACGGGCGUGUUCAUAUUCCUCAGCUAAGUCAUCGACCUAUUGAUCUGUAUGCACUUAAACGUGCUGUUGCUGUGUGUGGGUCUGAUUCGUGGACAGACGUGGCACAGAGGCUCGGCUACGAUGUGGAAAAUACACCGAAAUGUGUGAGUGCGCUGCAGUCGGCAUAUGCACGCCUUGUGGAACCGUUUGAAGCGUUUAUUGAGAAGUUGCGACUCAGCAAAGCAAACGGUGACGAUGCAAAAUCGCAAGGCCCGCUGCCAACCGUAACGAAUACACAAGAGCGCACGACGGCGUGCAGUGAUUGCAGCGUUUGCAAGGGGCAUGCGAAACCUAUUGUAACGUGCGCUGAGUGCGAACAGUCGUACCAUUUGAAGUGUGUGACGCCACCGCUUAGUCAAGUGCCGCGAGGCGACUGGAUCUGCCCGACGUGCCUGGUGCGCACAGGCGGUGACUUUGGCUUUGAUGAUGGCGAAACACAUUCUUUGUACAGUUUCUGGCGCCGAUGCCACGCAUUUGAGCAAUUGUGGGCAUCGCGAGCGGGGUGGACAGACUGGGAUUCCAUAUCGCUCUCUGAGCGCGAAGACCGUGUGGAAGCGGAGUUCUGGCGGCUCGUACACAGUGCGGAAGAGCUCGUAGACGUCGAAUACGGCGCUGACGUACACUCGACGACGCAUGGGCAUGCGUCGCCGACAAUGGAGGGGCAUCCGCGCAAUGCCUAUGCGCGGAGCGGGUGGAACCUGAACAAUCUGCCAAUCUUGCAUGGCUCGCUCUUGCGGUAUAUUCGUUCGGAAAUCAGCGGGAUGACGGCGCCAUGGAUCUACAUUGGCAUGAUGUUCUCCGCUUUUUGUUGGCACAAUGAAGACCAUUAUACCUACUCGAUCAACUAUCAGCAUUUUGGUGCGACAAAGACUUGGUACGGUGUGCCGGGGGCGCAUGCCGAGGCGUUUGAGUCAGCAAUGGAGCGGAUCGCGCCGGAAUUGUUUGCCGCGUGUCCAGACCUGCUGCUGCAGCUCGUCACAAUGAUGAGCCCUGAGCUUGCGAAGCGCGAAGGCGUGCGUAUGUAUGCGUGCAACCAGCAUCCGAACGAGUUUGUCGUGACGUAUCCGAAGGCGUAUCAUUCAGGACUGAAUCACGGUUUCAAUCUGAAUGAGGCUGUGAAUUUCGCGCUUCCAGACUGGGUAAUGCAAGGCCUUGAAUGCGUACGACGGUAUCAGAAGCACGCCAGGCAGCCUGUAUUCUCGCACGAUGAACUCCUUGUAUCCAUUGCGUUGCACAGCCAGCAGCUCAGUACGGCUGCAUGGUUGCAUCCGGCGUUUGAUGAUAUGGUGUCACGUGAACUGGCUGGCCGUGCACGGAUUCGCUCGUCAAUCUGUGCGGCUGGGCCGGACGUGGAUGAAGAGCCGUUUGACCAGGACGUGGAAGUCGCUUGUGCGCACUGCAAGACACUGUGCUACCUAAGUCAUGUCGUGUCACUACAUUCUGCCGCGUCCAAGGCAGCGUGUCUUGCCCAUGCUGAACAGGUCCACGGCCGCCAUCCCGCCACAUGGAUGCUUCGUGUGCGCCACUCGGACGAUUUUCUCCGAACACACGCAUCUCGGCUCGCUGAGCGUGCUGCUGCACCACUGGCCUGGCAGCAACGUGUACGCCGCUUCCUAGUACAGCAUCCACGCCCGCCCUUGCGUACUUUGCGCAUGCUUACGCAGGAAGGCGAGAAAAUUCCUCUUCGGCUUCCUGAGCACGCGUGUCUGGAGCAAUUUUUAUCUCGCGCUGAGCCGUGGAUUGAGCAGGCGCGCGUGUUCUUAUCGAAGCGCCAGGCCAAGCAAGGAGGUCGCCGUGCGAAAGCUGUUGAGCCCAAAAGAGGUGAGUCUACCUUGCGUAGAUCAGGGUCGGCUGCGGGGCCAGGUAUCUCUUCCACUUCCACUGAUUCUUCUUGUGCGUCAUCUGAAUCGACAGUAGCCGUGGACCGCUCGCCGGCGAAACUCCUUGCACUGCACGAGCGCGCAGUCUCACUCCCGUUCGAUGCGCCUGAGCUGCAGCAGCUGAAUGCAGUCGUUGAUCAAAUGCAUGCUUUCUGCGCGCAGGCCAGCACGUACCUUGAUCGUGAUGCAGAGACUCGCGAUGCUCUCUCCUACGUUGAUGAAGCGGAGCGCGUCUUGGCGCAGGGUGAGCUUUUGCAUGUCGACCUUCCGGAAGUGGCCGCUCUCCACCGCUGGAUUGCCCAUGUGCGCUGGUUCUCGGAAGUCCAGGACAUUGGCUCGGGCUUUCUGACACGCGACGAAGUUGCCGAGCUGGAAAAGGAGGCCAAUGCCUGCGGCAUAAGUGCGUCGCAUCCUAUGCGUCUGACUCUAGAGCAGCGGAUGCAGCGCGGCAUGGCUUGGGACAGUGCUGCCCUUGCACUUCUCGAGCAAUCGCCCGUCGUUUCCCAAGCGGCUUUGCAUGACUUGCUCAACGUACCCGCUGAUGUCGCUACGUCGUCAGACAUUCGUGCUCGUGUCCAUGCACUUGAGCACAAAGCGGCCCAAUGGCACAGCACCAUCACCACCGUGUAUGAACACACGCACCCCAGCGCCCAACUCCGUACGAGCGAUGUACCGGAUCAUGUGCCAUAUCUGUCUGAGGCCCGGCAGGUGCUCGCCGACGCGCAUGCGGCGCGUGUGGAACUGCCACACGCCGCAUCCAUCGAGGCGGCUAUUGUAUUGCAUGAUGAAUGGAAUGCUGAGCUUGCGCACAUUCUGCAACUUUCGGGACCGGAUGCGAUCGAGGCUGUACGGGAAUUUUGCGAGCGCACCAUUCGCACCGCGAACGCAGAGGCGGUCAAUCGUGGCGCUUGCGAUGCACCCACGUGCGCGCCUAUCCUGUCGUAUCCACCGGUACCGUAUCCUGCACCGCGCUCUGUCGAAGCUCCAUGCCUUUGCUUUGAGGCACGGACGGAUCGUACAACAAGUGUGGCAUGCGCGCAGUGCUGUACUGUGUACCAUUUGCGAUGCCUGGAUCGCAAAACCAAGCCAUCCCGCGGCUGGCGCUGUGCCUUUUGCGAUGUCACCCAGCUUCGCACAUGGCUCACGAAUCGACGUGCUAUUUCGCAGCUUCCUCUGGUGGCCCUUUUGCAGAACGCGAAGUACCAGCGCGAUCAGCUACGGUUUGUGCCAGUGAACUUUGUACGGCUCCAAGCGGCAGUGCGAGCCACAGUUGAAUUUGGCGUGGCAGUCGCCAUGCAGUUCCAAGCAGGGCGCUUGCCGUCGAUUCUCAUUGAUGCGCCGGCCAAAACGGGUCAGGCUAUCGACUUGCCACCACCGAGUCCUCAACUGCGUCACAUCGCACGUCGCGCACUCGCAUGCCCUAUUGAUGUGCUUUUACUGGGUGACUCAGCUCCGCAGCACCAUCAGCACGUACCGAAUGUCCUAGACGUGUUUUUACCUGCCUUUCACAUCACACCUCGCAUGCAUUCUGGCUCGACCUCGCUCAAGGGCAAGCGCUCAGCCUCCUCCUCCUCCAUGUCUUUGUCUCAAACGAAAGAAGUCGCAGCUACUGCACAGCCUCGCGCACCUGCUAGAGCGCCACCGCCACGGAAGCGGGCAAAACGUGCGCGCUUCACCUUCCGUGAAGAGCUUCGCCUGGCCUCCUUGCCUCCUGACAUGUACUGCUUCUGUGGCGCUCCCGACAAUGGCACUAUGGUGCAAUGUGAUCGGUGCUCACAUUGGUUCCACAGCGCAUGCAUGUGUAUCCAAGAUACGACUGCUUUGCAGGACAAGUGGUUUUGCCCUGUGUGCUGCUUCCGCCAACGCAUCAAAUAUGCGCAUGCGGACGUCAAAAUCCGCGACGUGACAGGAGAAACUGACCCUGCAGCACCCUCACAGCCUGACUAUUUUGUCGACGUGGCGGGCAGUCUCAAGUCUCAGAGCACACCCGUUCUCAAGCGGCAGGCAUGCGUCGCGCCCAGGCGCAUCAUUCUUCAUCUGUGCGAGUUUGAGCCAGCCAUCCCGGCGGCCGAAUUGUCGCAUUCUGCUGGUGAUUCAAGUGCAGUAGCAGCGGCUGCAAGACCAGCUCAUUUUCGUCCCUCCAUCCAUGACGAGUCCGGUGCGUCGACAUCAGCAUCCGCGCCAGUGACUGACUCGACUACCAGUCACAUUCCCGCUUCAUUAUCACAUGCCCCUCCAGCGAAACGCGCGCGUCUUGAGCCACUUGCUCGCCCGCCACCUAGCCAACGUCCUACUAUAUCGCUGCCUGUAUCGGAAGAGGAGCGCCACCGUCUAGGGCGGGCGAACCUGUUACGACGCGGUGUGUCUGAAGCGAUGAUGAAUGCGUAUCCCAUGGGAUGGGAUGGUGAAUCCAUCGUGUGUCAGAUUGCACCUGAUUGCCAUGUCUUACUGGGACCUCAUAUUAGUUUGGCACACGAUGAUCCAGACGGCACACAUCUUUUGCGCAUGGCUAUGGAGGGUCUCGUGCCCUGGGCCUCGUACAUCCGCUCACCAUCAAUGUGGCACCCAGGACCACCAUCUACAACUAUGCCACCUCCACGACUCCCGAGUAUUACCGCUAUGCGUCCAGACGCAACGUCGCAGACAUUUCCGACGAUGGCUCCGCCCAUGUCAUCAGGCCAACACAUCCCGCCGCAUGUGCCGCAUGCUUCCUCCAUGCCCCCUCUUGACCGAUCCUCUAUCACCCAAACACCAAUAGCGCCGCCAGCGCCGCCAGCGUUGCCAGCUCAUUCUAUGGCACCGCAUACCUACAUGCCAUAG